AUGUCUGGAUGGGUGUACGACACCUUGGGCGUUCCUUGGGCUUGUUCGCUGCUUGGCUUCCUGAGCCUGCUGAUGGCCGUCAUUCCGUUCGUCUUUGUCUGGAAAGGAAAUUCGAUUCGGGGCCGAAGCCAAUUCUGCCAGUACCUGCUGCAGCGAGAGAUCGAAGAGGCCGAGAAGAAGGCUCGGCGUGAAAGACGGGAGCAGAGACGGCUUGAGAGGGAGCGUGCGCGCCUCGAGGCCAGCGCCGGUGCAAGCGGCAGUCUGAAGGACGACAGCAUCGUCUGA